GUGAAUCGUAUCGCAUUGUAUCGACGGGAGCUUCAGUGUAUCGUAACUGUAUCGUAUCGGUGUCAGCGCAUCGAGAUGCAUACCGAAUCGGCCUCAGUGGUGGAGAUAUACAACCCUAGUGUACAUGUUCAUCAAGAAGGAGAUCAGGUCUGGUGUUAAUUAGUCCACAUUUUAAGAAAUUAAUUAUUUUAAAUAUAUUCAUAAAUUAUGAAGUUUUUUCACUCUAGACAUGGUGACGGCCCUCAAAUCAUUAGUGUCGUAUUAGAAAAAAUAAACAUGAGAAUCUAAAUUUAUUUAUCACCUCCACACAUUUUUGGAUUUGAAAGAUGAAUAUCAGCUUUCUGAUUGGCCACGUAAUUACUCCUAAUUAUCCAUUUUCAUGAUCAUCCAUGAAAUUCCUGAUGAUGUUCCUGUAGUUUUCUGUCUUUGUCAGUUAAAUAUUCAGCAGCUUCAUCUUUCAUGAGUCUCUGACUGAACUUCUUCAGGCUGACAAUCAAAUGUGGGCCAGCUUCUCUUUCCUGUCCUGAGUGCAUGAGCUGAGUCUGUGAGAUGAGUUUUCAGUCCAGCCUGGUAACAAGGCUCAGUGUCAGCAGCAUUACACAUAGACAGACAUCAGUAUAACAUGACACAACAAAUCAUAAUUCACUGUGUUCAUCAGCUGGGAGAGAAAACUGCUUGUUCAGGAACAUGUUGCAUUCAGGGCACAGCUAUAUUCUGGUAUAUUUUAGUGUCCCAGUAGUUCCAGUUUGAGCCUUUAAUGUCGAACCAUCAAUAAAUUUCACCGAGCAAAGAGUUGAGUUUUCAGAAACAUGAGUUGUUGCAGUGGCGCCAACUUUAAAUCACUUUAGUUGGAAUGGAAACUGAUGAUUAUUACAGCAAAACCCAUUUUAAUUCAGUCUGUUCAUGAACACAUCAGGUUAAACAGCUGAUCUGUGAGCAGCACACACACACACACACACACACACACACACACACACAGGUAGGCUGGGAGGUGACUUCCUGUAAAUGACGAGGGGAGGAGCAACACUGAUCCAGGUGAUCGAGGCUCAUGAGAACAGGGAGGGAAUCCUGAAAGAGAAACUAAAGUCAAAGAGUUCAGACUCCAUGUUGAGUGAACAGAGGAGGACGAGAAGUGAAGCUGAAGCAGGUGAGUGUUAAUCCAACGUUUCAUGACUUUACUGUUAAAGUGUGAGUCAGUUUCCUUCCUGUGGACUGUAGAGGACACAAAUGUUAAACUGUGUAUGUGUUGCUUCCUGUUCUCUUAGUCUUGUGUCUUAAUUCUUGUGUUCUGAGCUCACCGUCAGCGUCACUGUUUUACUCUCAGACUGACCUCAGAUCAGAAGAUGAUGGAGGAAGAGGAGGACAGAGUUAAGUCUUCAGCAUCCAGCUGUCUGUCUAUGAAGAGUGACCGGUCCAAAGGUCGUCCUCCAGACUUCAGCCAUGAACCUGGACCCUCAGACACAAAAGUUCAGUACAGCAGACAGAGAGCAGAGUCUCCAGCAUCCAGCUGUCUGUCAAUGAAGAGUGACCGAUCCAAAGAUUAUCCUCCAUACUUCAGCCAUGAACCUGGACCCUCAGACACAAAAGAGAGGAAGAGGAGUCAUGUUUCUGUGGAGGAGCAGCCGUCCUGCUGUGUUUUGUGUCAGGACGUCCUGAAGGAUCCAGUCUCUACCAGCUGUGGACACUGGUUCUGCAGACAGUGCAUCACCUCAUACUGGGACCAGUCUGCUUCAUCAGGAGACUCCUCCUGUCCCCGGUGUGGAGACAGAUCCAGAACGAGAGCUGGACUGCAGACAGCCAGUCAGACCUGUACUGUGCAAAUGACUGGUGAUCUUCAGGAAGUUUUAGAUGAAUAUAAGAUCAGUCUGAGGAGGAGAUGUGAAUGUGUAACUGAAGGAAGUGAUGAACCAGGAAGUGGAACCCUCCUCAACAGGAUCUACACUGAGCUCUACAUCACAGAGGGACAGAGUGAAGAGGUUAAUACCCAACAUGAGGUGAGGCAGCUUGAGACAACUUCCAAGAUGGAGACCCUCCAUGAGACUCCAAUCAAGUGCCAGGACAUCUUUAAAGCCUUACCUGACCAGCGGAGACACAUCAGAGUCGUUCUGACGAACGGCGUCGCUGGCGUUGGAAAAACCUUCUCAGUGCAGAAGUUCAGUCUGGACUGGGCAGAGGGCUUGGAAAACCAAGACGUCAGCCUGGUGGUUCUGCUUUCGUUCAGGGAGCUGAACUUGAUCAAAGAUGAGCAGUACAGUCUUCUGACGCUGCUCCAUGUUUUCCAUCCAACAUUAAAGAAGGUGACAGCAGAGAAGCUCGCUGUCUGUAAGCUUUUGUUCAUCUUUGACGGCCUGGAUGAAAGCAGACUUUCACUGGAUUUCCACAACAAUGAGGUUUUGUCUGAUGUCUCGCAGAAGUCAUCAGUCAACGUGCUGUUGACAAACCUCAUCAAGGGGAAUCUGCUUCCCUCGGCUCUCGUCUGGAUAACUUCCAGACCCGCGGCGGCCAAUCAGAUCCCUCCUACAUGUGUUGACAGGGUAACAGAAGUACGAGGCUUCACUGAUGCCCAGAAGGAGGAGUACUUCAAGAGGAGAUUCAGUGAUGAAGAUCUGUCCAGCAGAAUCAUCUCACACAUCAAGACGUCCAGGAGCCUCCACAUCAUGUGUCAAAUCCCAGUCUUCUGCUGGAUCACUGCUACAGUUCUGGUUCACAUGUUGACUUUAGACCAGAGAGAAGAGCUGCCCAAGACCCUGACUGACAUGUACUCCCACUUCCUGCUGGUUCAGACAAAGAGGAAGAAGCAGAAGUAUGAUGAGGGACAUGAGACGAAUCCACAGGAGCUGAUGGAGGCUGACAGGGAAGUUCUUCUGAAGCUGGGGAGGCUGGCGUUCGAACAUCUGGAGAAAGGAAACAUCAUGUUCUACCAAGAAGACCUGGAGCAGUGUGGUCUUGAUGUCACUGAGGCCUCUGUGUACUCUGGAGUUUGUACAGAGAUCUUCAAAAGAGAGUGUGUGAUCUUCCAGAAAACAGUUUACUGCUUUGUUCAUCUGAGCAUUCAGGAGUUUCUGGCUGCAGUCUACAUGUUCCACUGUUACACCAGCAGGAACACAGCGGUACUGGAGGGUUUCCUUAAAGACUGGAAACCCAUCGACUCAAAGCCAAGUUGUUUUUUGAAGAACAUUAAAUAUUUUCGAAACAUUGUUAGCCACCACCCAUCCCUGGAUGUCUUUCUGAGGAGCAACAUGGAGAAAUCUCUUGAAAGUAAAAAUGGCCACCUGGACCUGUUUGUUCGCUUCCUUCAUGGCCUCUCUCUGAAGUCCAACCAGAGACUCUUAGGAGGCCUGCUGGGUCAAAGAAAAAACAAGUCAGAAAUCAUCCAGAGAGCCAUCAACAACCUGAAGGAGAUGAACAGUGAUGAUAUCUCUCCUGACAGAAGCAUCAACAUCUUCCACUGUCUGAUGGAGAUGAACGACCGCUCAGUACAUCAGGAGAUCCAAGAGUUCCUGAAGUCAGAGAACAGAUCAGAGAAGAGACUCUCUGUGUUCCAGUGCUCAGCUCUGGCCUACAUGCUGCAGCUGUCAGAGGAGGUUCUGGAUGAGUUGGACCUGAAGAAGUACAACACAUCAGAGGAGGGACGAUGGAGACUGAUUCCAGCUGUGAGGAAAUGUAGAAAGGCUGAACUUUCACGCUGUGGACUCUCAGAGACUCACUGUGAAGUCGUGGCCUCAGCUCUGAAGUCCAACCCCUCCCAUCUGAGAGAGCUGGACCUGAGCUACACCAAGCUGCAGGAUUCAGGAGUGAAGUUGCUGUCUGCUGGACUGGAGAGUCCAAACUGUAGACUGGAGACUCUGAGGUCAGUUCUUGUUUUUUUGUUCUUGUCCAGUGUUUAUCGGCCAAAUGUAAAUCCAUUCCAGGAGUUUUAAGUUUUCUUCAGUUCUCUUGUUUUCUUGGUUUGUCUGAGCACAAAUCACAACAGCUCUUUUUCA